AUGCUACUACGAGGUUAUCAAGUGGGAUUCCGCUUGAAACCAGCUCACAAGCGGCUUUUAAUUCCAAGACGACAGUAUUCUGUAGACCAUAAUGCAAUCGUCAAUACAUUUACUCAUGCAUUUGAGAGUCUACACGAAACAAGUGGUUUACCAUGGUGGGCGCUAAUUCCUAUCACCACAUUUGCCCUAAGAUCAGUUUGGACAUUGCCAUUAGCUGUAAUUCAACGUAAGAGGAUUCAGAAACAGAGCACUUUGAAACCGAUUGUUAGUGCCCUAAACCCUAUUUUGAAGAUGAAUUUAGCAAAGAGAGUUCAAAAAGCAAAAAAAUUGCAACAAGUGCCCGGUACGGAUGAAGCAGUUAAAGCUGUUCAAGCUCCAUUGGCUAACAUGUCAUAUGAACAGAUAUUGCUUCUUAGUACAAAAGAAACCCGAAAACGUCAAAAAGAACUAUUUAAAAAGAACAACGUUCAAAUAUGGAAGAAUUUUAUAUUACCCACAUUUCAAAUCCCACUAUGGAUUAUAAUGUCAUUGACAAUGAGAGAUUUGAGUGGAUGGUCAUCUUGGGAUAACCUACACAACAAGGCUUUAGAUCCCUCAUUAUACGUCGAAGGUUGCUUAUGGUUUCAAGAUCUAGCAGUUGCCGAUCCAAUGCACGUCUUCCCCUUGAUCUUGGGAGUCAUUUCACUUUGUAAUGUUGAAUGGACCUUCCGCACUUUGGAACUAUCUAGAUUGACACAGAGAUUGAAGUAUCGCCCCAAUUUGACUGAUGCAGUUGCCAAUUUUUCAAGAAUGUCUAUUGUAUUCAUGAUGGCGAUUUCAAUACAUGCACCAGCUGCCUUGGUAUUAUAUUGGAUAUCAUCGCAGUUCUUUUCAUUGAUUCAGAAUAUGAUAUUGGAUAUAAAAUAUCCCAUUUCGUUCACACCAAAAAAACGGUUCGGUGGAGAUAUCUUGGAGAAUUAG